CUUGAUGUUCUUUGUUUUAAGUAUCUCGUAAUUGGAUAUGUUUGUUCAGAGCCCAGUUGCAUCCAUAGGACUAUAUGUUGACUGUGGUUCAAUAUAUGAGACCCCAUUGUCAUUUGGUGCUACUCAUCUUUUAGAAAGAAUGUCAUUCAAAACCAUAAGAAAUAGGAGUCAGUUGCGAAUGGUACGUGAAAUAGAAGCCAUAGGCGGAAGUGCUAAAGCAUCAGCUUCUCGUGAACAGAUGGGUUACACUUACGAUGCUCUGAAAUUGUACACGCCUCAAAUGGUUGAGGUGCUUAUAGAUAGUGUCAGGAAUGUUGUUUUCCUUGAUUGGGGAAAACGUAUGCUCAAGCAUUCUUACUUUACUUUAGAAGUUCACUAGUAAAUUUUCAUUUCACUAUCACAGCUUAAGAAAUUGAAGACAGAGCUAGGAGAGCUCUCUAGCAAUCCUCAGGGUUUGCUUUUAGAGGCUGUUCAUUCAGCAGGAUAUUCUGGUGCCUUGGCAAAUCCUUUAAUUGCUCCAGAGUCUGCAAUAAGCCAUUUAAAUGGAACCAUAUUGGAGGGGUUCGUUUCUGAGAACUAUACUGCUCCUAGGAUAGUACUUGCAGCCUCUCAGGUGUGGAACACGAGGAAUUGGUAUCACUGGCUGAACCACUUUUAUCUGAUCUUCCAAAAGUGCCACGUCCACAAGAGCCAAAAUCUAUCUAUGUUGGAGGAGAGUAUAGAUGUCAAUCUGAUUUGCCGAAACAGAGCACUCAUUGCACUUGCAUUUGAAAUUCCUGGAGGUGGGCAUCAAGAGAAGGAAGCAAUGGCAGCAACUGUUCUUCAGGAGCUUAUCGGAGGUGGUGGAUCAUUCUCUGCUGGUGGACCUGGUAAAGGCAUGCAUUCUCGAUUAAUGAUUUUGAAGCCGGAUUUUGUUGAUAGCAUUAGCAAUUGA